AUGUUGUUGCUCAGCAAAAGAGCCAACUGCCAAGUCGGAGGUUUUGCUUUGACAUCCGUAGCAUGGGUCCUCUGCAGCAUCUCCACAGGCGUCCCACAGUGGCGAGUGUGGUACUUAAAUGAAACAAUUUUCUCUGAGCCUACCAUAGCCUUUAUAGGAAUGUGGAGAGUCUGCAUUUAUCACCAAGACAGCAAAUUUGGCAGUGCCAGAGUGUGCUAUGAAUACACCUACCAUGACAGCUUUAUCCCUUUGGAUGUUCGUAUCGUUCAACACUUGUUACUGAUCUCCAACAUGCUCGGAUUGAUUGCAACAGUUAUCAGCAUUUUUGCUCUUCGAAAGGUGUAUGCAGGGAAAGUACAGAAGAAAACCACCCACAAUCCAUUUUUCCUUUCAGCCAUUCUCAACAUCAUUGCCAGUAUCCUUGUCCUCCUUGCUGUCUUAUUCAAUUACUUCUCUGUCAUUCACAAAGCAGGAAUUACCUUCCCAGCAUCUUUCCAUUUGCCAGUAUACCCACCUAGUCAGAGAAUUGGAAUUGCUAAUAUAGUGGCCAGUCUGUGUGCUCUCAUGUUUUUAGGCAGUGGCAUCAUUUUCAUUUCUUACACUUCUCUCGUGGAAAAGCAAGUGUUUGCUGAGAUUUGA